UCUUUCUCUGUCCUAAAAAAAACUGAAAAACAAACCCCACUUUGCUCCUUUCACCUCUUUUCUCUCGUCUUUGUAUUCUUCUUUCUCGCUCUUCUCUGCUCUGAGCUUCUUCCUUUCUCUCUCUCUCUCUCUCUCUGUGAGGGUCUCAAUGGGAAAGUACAUGAAGAAAGCCAAACCCAAAGGCGAAGUCUCGCUAUUAGACACCACAACAUCUUACUUCGGUGUUCGAACCCGCGCCAAAACCCUAGCCCUCCAGAAAUCCCAGUCGCCGGAGCUUUCUUCCUCUUCCGCCGCCGCCGGCAGCUACCUCCAGCUCCGAAGUCGCCGCCUCCACAAGCCUCCCAUUUCGAUUCCAUCCAAUGAUUCCUCCAAUUCUUCAAAGCGUCCAAGGAACAACCAGAACCCUAAGUCACCGCUACCGAACCCUAGCUCUGGUCACAGGCUCGGGAUCAGGUCCGAAGCUGAGGAAGGCCCGAAGGAGGAGGAGGAGAAGGAGAAAGGGGUCGUGCAUGAGAAUGUUGACGAAGGUGCUGGUGCUGGUGCUGCUGAAGAAGCGUCGUUUGGGGAAAAUGUGUUGGAUUUUGAAGGUAGAGAGAGCAGAAACACUAGGGAAUCAACACCAUGCAGUUUGAUAAGGGACCCAGACAUUAUUCGGACCCCAGGUUCAACUACCAGACCUACUUGCUCAACUGAAGCUUUUCGAAGAGCUGAGAAUGCAGCUAGAAGGCAAAUUCCAACGGCACAUGAAAUGGAUGAAUUCUUUGCUGAAAUCGAACAGGCUCAGCAAAGGCAGUUCAUGGAGAAGUACAACUUCGAUCCUGUGAAUGAGAAGCCACUCCCCGGGCGUUAUGAAUGGGAAAAAUUGGAAUCUGGCAAGGCCAGCAUUAAUGUUCCAUCAAGACAUCCUUAACGUAGCAGGGUUAGACAUAGCCAAAAACGGUGGUGGUGUUAUUUCCAUUUUCCAUCACCUUCUAUUUACUUGUAAAGAAAGUAGGACUUUCAAGCUGUGUAGACUAAUGGUCUGUAACCUUACAGAGGUGAUGAUGAUUACAUAACAAUACAAAUCAAAGUCCUUUGUCUAACAGAUCAUUGAAGAUGAAGGGGGAAAGGGAAGGGGCUGUAGGGUGUAGGAUUAGAGAC